UGACUGAUGGGCCAGAUGCGCUUGAAUGUUUUAGAAAAGGGGGGGCCGUGCGCCGCCGGCGCGACUCUGGCUGGCGGACAGCGGGCUGUGCCGCAAGCGCCGGUGCCUGCCCUUCCCGAGCGGAGAGGCAUCGCAGCGGCAGCAGCCGGGCGGGACACGCAGGCGGGACACGCAGGCGGGGCGCGGACAGCCGCGGGGCGCGUUCGGCUCGCCUGCCCGGCGGGCGGGAGGAUCGGCUCGGCUCCGCUCGCCGAGGUCGGCGCUGACGAUCUGCCGUGCCGCACGGCCAUGCCCGCCCUCCUGCUGCUGCUGCUGCUCCUCGGCUGCCGCGCCGCCGCCGAGGAGGGCGGCUCGCAGCUCCGGCCGGGCCCGGGCCGGCAGAGCGCGGCCCCCACGGCCGCGGCCCCCGCGCCGCACAACGCGUCCCGCCCGGGGGCGGCGGGGAGACCGCGCUCCGCCUCGCCGCCCAUGUGCACCGGCCAGACCGAGAUCAAGGAGACCUUCAAGUACAUCAACACGGUCGUGUCCUGCCUGGUCUUCGUCCUGGGCAUCAUCGGCAACUCCACGCUGCUGCGGAUCAUCUACAAGAACAAGUGCAUGAGGAACGGCCCCAACAUUCUCAUCGCCAGCUUGGCCUUGGGCGACCUGCUGCACAUCAUCAUCGACAUCCCCAUCAAUGUCUACAAGCUGCUUGCAGAGGACUGGCCCUUUGGUGUUGAAAUGUGCAAAUUAGUGCCCUUCAUUCAGAAGGCAUCAGUGGGCAUCACAGUGCUGAGUUUGUGUGCCCUCAGUAUAGACAGGUACCGAGCAGUCGCUUCUUGGAGUCGCAUUAAAGGAAUUGGAGUGCCAAAGUGGACUGCUGUGGAAAUUGUCCUGAUCUGGGUCAUAUCAGUGGUACUGGCUGUUCCAGAAGCUAUUGCAUUUGACAUGAUUACAAUGGAGUACAGAGGAAGGUAUCUUAGAAUCUGCUUGCUUCACCCCACGCAGAAAACAUCCUUUAUGAUGUUUUACAAGCAAGCUAAAGACUGGUGGCUGUUCAGCUUUUACUUCUGUUUGCCACUGGCUAUCACAGCAUUUUUCUAUACUCUCAUGACUUGCGAGAUGUUACGAAAGAAAAGUGGGAUGCAGAUUGCUUUAAAUGAUCACUUAAAACAGAGACGUGAGGUGGCCAAAACUGUGUUCUGUCUGGUACUUGUUUUUGCCUUGUGUUGGCUCCCACUUCACUUAAGCAGAAUCUUGAAACUCACUAUUUAUGAUCAGAAGGACCCCAACAGAUGUGAACUUUUAAGCUUUUUUCUUGUGAUGGACUACAUUGGCAUUAACAUGGCUUCACUGAACUCCUGCAUCAAUCCAAUAGCUCUGUAUUUGGUGAGCAAAAGAUUCCAAAACUGCUUCAAGUCAUGCUUGUGUUGCUGGUGCCAAUCCAAAGAUCUGCUGUCCCUGGAGGAGAGGCAGUCCUGUUUAAAGUUCAAAGCUAAUGAUCACGGAUAUGAUAAUUUCCGCUCCAGUAACAAGUACAGCUCUUCAUAAAGCAAGAGUAAAAGGUAUAUUCUCUUACAUUGAUACUGGUGCCUUUUUAAGUAAAAGUGGCAAUUACUUUUAACAAGAUGGUAACAUCCAGAAUAAUCUAGUUUUAUAUUUGCACAAAAAAAAGAACAUUUAAAAAAUUGCCUUAAAACUGUAUCACGCUGAAAAUCAUGGACAUUUAUGAAAUCAUCAUUUAUGGAACAUGAAGAAAAGCAUGGGAAGAACAAGUCAUUGUUAGCACUUGAAUACUUUUGAAUCAGCACUUCCAAAUGAUCCCCAUUUCCUGUACUUUAAGUGAUCGUUUGUAUUCUCUGUAACAGUUGUAGGAACUGAAGUCACAGUAAUUAUUAAGCAGCAUAAUAUCAAGUUAAUUGGAUCAAAGCCAUUAUUAUAUAUAACUCAAUGUAUUAUCUUUUAUAAAGCAAAUUAACCACUAUCACUAUUGUGAGUUUUUUU